ACUUAAUUUAUAUUUUAUUAAUGUAUUAUAUCAUUGAUUUCAUGUUAAUUUAAAAUUAAUAGUUGUCAGUGUGUAAUGCUAUUGGUGUUUACAGUCAUACGGAGUGCUCUGCAGAAUUACUUAACGAAUUGCAAAAUUAAAUUUAGUUUCGUUAAUAUAUUGACAGAGAAAUGUCCGCGGAAGACGUGCUAUUCGAUAUGUUACACUCAGAAAUCGUGUCAUAUCUAGUAUCCAAGUCCGCCGAAGACGAAGAUAUAUCAAUAUUAGAACACUUGGGUUACUCAUGUGGAUGGCGACUGAUUGAAAGAAUAACAAAAGAAUUGCCAAGGUACAAAGAAGAGCUAGAAGUUUUAAAAUUUAUAUGUACAGACUUUUGGUCUUGUGUGUAUAAAAAGCAGGUGGAUAAUUUACGAACUAAUCAUCAAGGUGUUUACGUAUUACACGAUAACGAAUUUCGAUUUUUCAGCAAACUGUCAAAUGGCACACAGUACCUUAAAUCUGCACCCAAAUACGCUACUUUUACAUGUGGUUUGAUUCGAGGAGCUUUAGAAAAUUUUGGAAUUUCAAGCAUUGUAACAGUUGAAAUAAUUAGAAUGCCAUCGUGUAAAUUCCAUAUACAAGUACUUCCAUCUUCAUCUUAAUAAUGAUCAUAUUAUUUAUAUACAUACAUGGAAAAUAAAUUAAUAAUUAAAUUGAAUUAUCAAUAUUAUAAAAUAUUUUCUUUUAAUAUUGUAGAAUUCAAUCCA